AUGGAGAUGAAAGAGAGACUAGGAAAAAUCGAAGAGACGAUAAAAGAGAUUGUUCUGGAAACAAAGAAACCGUCAGGAAAUGCUCCAACCAAUAGUCAAGAUCAAUCUACUAAACUCCUCCCAAAAGAAGAAUCAAAACCAAGAACAGAUCAGAAGGGUAAUGUACAGAUACCAGGCGAGAGUCGAGCAAAUGUGGAUUCGCCUGAACCUCAUUGA